CCCUUCUUCGAUUGCAGUUAAAUACGGCACCUUCAUUCACCUCUCUUCCUCACUCUCAUUCUUUCUCUCUCCUACUCUCCAUUCUUUCUCUCUCCAAACAUUCAUCUGAAGAACAAUAUCGAUUAGAGUUACCAGUGAAAUUAAAUCAAUAAACUCGAGGCUUGACUUAAAAAUGCCACAAGAACAGCUAAAAGUGCUGAAUGCACUUGAUGUAGCAAAAACACAAUGGUAUCACUUCACUGCAAUCGUCAUUGCUGGAAUGGGUUUCUUCACAGAUGCCUAUGAUCUAUUCAGCAUUUCCUUAGUCACGAAACUCCUCGGUCGAAUUUACUACACUCAUCCUGGUUCACUUAAACCAGGGACAUUACCUCCUAAUGUCUCAGCUGCUGUCAAUGGUGUCGCCUUCUGCGGGACUCUCUCAGGACAGCUCUUCUUCGGGUGGCUCGGUGACAAAAUGGGUCGGAAAAAGGUAUAUGGUAUGACCCUAAUGAUGAUGGUUGUAUGUUCAUUAGCUUCAGGUCUUUCCUUUGGGAAUGAGCCUAAAAGUGUAAUGGCAACCCUUUGCUUCUUUCGGUUUUGGCUCGGGUUUGGUAUUGGUGGAGAUUACCCACUUUCUGCAACGAUUAUGUCUGAGUAUUCGAAUAAGAAGACCCGUGGAGCGUUUAUUGCUGCAGUUUUUGCUAUGCAAGGGUUUGGAAACUUGACUGGUGGUAUUUUUGCUCUUAUUGUUGCGAGUGCCUUUAAGGCUGCAUUCCCUGCUCCCUCCUAUGAGGUUAAUGCAGCUGCUUCAUUGGUUCCACAAGCUGACUAUGUGUGGAGGAUUAUCCUCAUGUUUGGUGCCAUUCCUGCUGUUAUGACUUACUAUUGGCGUAUGAAGAUGCCUGAAACUGCUCGUUACACUGCUCUUGUUGCCAAUAAUGCUAAACAGGCCGCCGCAGACAUGUCCAAGGUAUUACAAGUAGAAAUCCAGGAAGACCAAGAAAAAGCAGUAGUGGAAAAGAAAAAGAACCAAUUUGGUUUAUUCUCAAAGCAAUUCAUGAAGAGACAUGGACUUCACUUGUUAGGAACAGCCCUCUGCUGGUUCUUACUAGACAUCGCAUUCUACAGCAACAAUCUCUUCCAAAAAGACAUCUUCACCGCAGUAGGAUGGCUACCAAAAGCUCAGACAAUGAGCGCAGUUCAGGAAGUCUACAUGGUGGCUAGAGCCCAAACAUUAGUCUCCCUUUGUGGAACUGUCCCAGGUUACUGGUUCACUGUCGCAUUCAUCGACAUCUUAGGUCGUUUCUUCAUUCAAUUGAUGGGAUUCCUCUUUAUGACUGGGUUCAUGUUUGGCCUUGCCAUCCCUUACAACCACUGGACCAAACCAGGAAACCAUAUUGGGUUUGUUGUCAUGUAUGCUUUCACUUUCUUUUUCGCCAACUUCGGGCCCAAUGCUACAACUUUCGUGGUACCUGCUGAGAUCUUCCCAGCCCGGUUGAGGUCCACUUGCCAUGGAAUAUCAGCUGCAGCAGGGAAAGCCGGUGCUAUUAUCGGGGCAUUCGGGUUCUUGUACUUGGCCCAGUCACCUGAUGCAACAAAGACUGAUGCAGGGUACCCUCCUGGUAUUGGAGUUAAGAAUUCUCUGAUGAUAUUGGGUGGAAUUUGUGCACUUGGAUUCUUUGCUACCUUCCUUGUGCCUGAAGCUAAUGGAAUUUCAUUAGAAGAAAUGUCUGGCGAGAAUGAGGAUCAGUCUGAAGACGAGUAUCAGACUGCUGGAGUUGAUAACAGAACUGUUCCAGUUUAAGAAUGAUUUUGUUGCAUUUUUAUUUUUAUUAUUUUUUUUGGUUAUAGAAACUUGGUAUAAAUAGUGUAUUUUUCUCCCCCGUUUUGAGAUUCUAAUGCUAGGAAAAAGAGGUUGCACUCUGAAGUGUGUUUGCAUUAUAAAUAAGCAUUUUUAGGUGA